GAACGCACGCGCAACGCGGCGCAGCCGCCACCGGACGACGCGGUGCGCUAUGGUAUGCGGCGGUUCCUCGCUGCAAAAAGCAAAGCUCGCCUUUUACGUUUCACCUCGCGCUCGUGAUAACCCCCGCGGACGGUGGGAUAUAAGGUUAUGCCGCGACUCGGCGUACGCGGCGGCGAAUGAUCCGCGGGGCAGUCGGGCCGCGCUUUCGUGGGCGGAGAACGCGAGUGACCGUAAGCGAUGAAAUUUUUAAUUGUACGGUGACACAUUCCUCGGUGAGACACGGGCAGGUGUGUAUGUGUCUUCUCUCUCUCUCUCUCUCUUUCUUCGGAUGUGUGUACACAGCCCCACCAGCUGCAACACUCCGGUCUCCGGUUUCAUCCGGUCGUCGCGGUCUCGUUCGAUCACACGGUGAAACAACGUGUGAUGCGUUGCGAACUGAAAACAAUCUGAGGGAGCUCCCCCGAUGACGGUCGGCAAUACGGAUUAUCAUAAGGCAAGAAAAAUGAGUACCUCUCUGACGUCGCUUCAACCAAAUAGCCAAAGCUUGGAAAGGCAGAAACAUGUCAGGAAAACGACAGAAAGACUUUACAACAGUCUCACCAAAAAGAGGAAGGAUCCAAAGCACACUAACGUUCAAAGAUUGUGGAUAAAUCAAGAAGACUGCAAGGAUGACUUUUGGGCGGCCAUAAGACCUAAUUAUGAUUAUAUUAUGGAUACUAAUUUAAUCGACACUUGCAAGGAAGCAAACGGUGAACUGACAUGGGAUGAGACGGACGUAUCGACACAAUCUUGGAACUUGAAGGAAGUCAGUGGCCAAUUUUCAGAGCUUUAUUCGUGGUUAAGAAUUCUUCAAGAACUGGUCUAUUCUAAGGAAGAAAAUCUCUUAGAUAAGAGCCUUCGUGCAGCUCAUAUGGAGGAGCUACGACGCAAGGCGUACAGACGCAAAUUGUUCAAUGAGCAAGCGGAAAAGUUAAUAUCUCGCGCCCCUGCUUUAAAAGACGAAGUAGCGUGGCGUGUAGAUCACUUGAAUGCGAAAUGGGAACUAGUUGAACAAAUUAUGGCACCCAUAGACCGACCUGUAUCUAGUCAACAAGAUAUAUCUGCAGAUUUCGAACGCGAAGUAAAAUGUCUAAGAAAAUGGUUACGAGAAAUGGAGUCGCGACUUAAACCUCUCAGCUUCCACGUCAAUUGGACUCGGUCGGAACUCGAGGAGAAAGCGGAAGAACACAUGGUACUCCAACGAGACAUAGAGGCGCACGGUCGUAUCGUCAGCUCGGUUGUGAAACUAGGAGACAAAGUUUUCAAGCAACAACAGCAGCAGCGGAAAAAUGAACAAGAACAACACCAAGAGCAGCAACAACAACAACAUUCUCCGCAACCUCCUUUGGAGACAGUGAGAUCAUUGGAACGGCGUUGGCAUCAUCUGUUUCUACGGGCUUUGGAAUGGCAGUGUCACAUUGAAGCUCUUGCGUCUCACAUAAGAAACAAGAACGUCGUGCCUUACCGCAGCGACAGCGACGAGGAACCAGUCACGAAACAGCCUCGUCUCAGCCGCGGACGAUCGCGCGGCUCCGGAACGGAAUCCCCGCCGAGUCAGUCGGCUCGCUCGGCGCGCAGCGCGAGGCGCGUCGUCGGACGCUCGCGAUCCGAGUAUUGGGACCGUCCGGUCUCCGCGAGGACCACCGACCUAUCCGACAGCGAGGUCUCUUCCGAGAACCGAUCCGUCGGCGAGGGAUCGUACUUCGAGGAUGAAUUACGUGAGCUGUGUGUGAUGGACACGAGGUCCGACGAACUGGAGAAACAAGAAGGCACGUAUCUCGUCGCGUCUAUCCUGGAGGAUCGUGGGGAGGAGGGUGACGUCGAGGAAAGCGGAGUAAGCGACAACGAGCAGCACGACAUGCCACCUACACCGGACACCGUGCCGAUAACCACGUCGACGCAGGCGAUGCAGGAGACGUGCGACGAAAUCGACGCGGCGGGUGCCGUGCAAAUCGAGAGCGCCGAAAAGUCGAGCAACAGUCUUCGGACGAGCGAAUUUACGAAACGUCGCGGGCCAACGGACGAAGUUGCUUCGUUCAACACGUCCGACAGAAAGUCGAAGAACUGCGCUACCUUCUACUUCAAGCAUCUCGACACCGACUCCGAGGCGGACGGCGGUCAGCCGAUCCAGGAAUCGCCCAACGCGGCGGACGAUUCCUCCGAGGAGGAGUGGACGUACACUUCCUCCCGCCGAGAUAGCUCCGUCGUUUCGGAGCAGCGAAAAACGAACGUGGUGGUCCGUCUAGAUUUCGACGAGAGCCCAGGCGUCGACGUGUCGUCGGGGAAUAUGCGUUUCGCGCGGGAAACGAGCGGCGCGAGCAGCGCGAAAGAGAUGGGACAGGCCCGCGAGUGCGAUGCUCAGCAGAAAGACAGCGACGACGAGAGGAGGAACGACAAGUCGAGGAUUCAGAGGUUGAUCAAGGAAGUGGAGAACCUGAUCGGCGAGGAGAGGCAUACGGUCGCCUCGCGCACCUUCCCGCCGUUGGUGUUCGAGAAGAAGGACAUUACGAAUAAUCAUCGAGUUAAGUACGCCCGCGUGAAGGAAUGGCUGAAAUUGAACGCGGCCAGAGGCCAUGAGGGCAGGUCACAGCCAUUAGAUAGCUGCGAUGCCAGCGGUGAAUACACAACGGAGGAAUCCGACGGGGAAAGGCAGUCGAUAUCGUCGGACGAUUUGCAGAGUAGCGUCGCGACUUAUCGCCGAUUCGAAGGCGCUGUCGCUCACAUGUCGCCGUCCAUGUCGCAAGAAAUAUUUGAUUUCAUCGAGAAAACGCCUGUCAACGAGACGCCUCCCUCUAACGUGGCGUUAGAUUCGAGUACACCGAAGGUCGUAAUGCGUUCUAAACAAAAGGCGAAAGGAUCUCGGCCGUGGAGCGUGUCUUGUAUUUCUCAGAUCGGGGAUAAUCCUAAUUUGGCGCAAAUAAACGAUCCAAUUUCGCAGUUUUCCAUAUCUGAGACUGCGCUUCAUCAGUUGGUCGCAACUCCGCCCACCAAAUCUGUAUCCUUGGAUGCUGCAGGACCACGGAAAUCGUUUAACAAUUCGACGUCCACUUUGUUAGAGGAGUCUAUUAUUUGUUCCGAUGCUCGCGCAGUUAGAAAUAUCUCAUUCCGCAGGAAGAAAAACCGAUUGCGAAAGAAAACUUUGGGCCGUAAGAGCGAGUCUAGUUCGGAAAGCGCGCACGCCAAUCAUCAUUCGGCGGGAAGCGACGGCAGCACGAAUCAACAGCGUUCAUCUCGCAAGACGAAUCCAGGUCGCACGAUGCACGCGUUCUCGAAAGACUGCCACGAUCGUUCGACGACUCUCGUCAAAUCGGGAUCUUUCUCGGGCUGCACGGUCCAUCAACAGUUGCACGUGGAGAAGGCGCUCGCGAAUAAUCCUACGCCGUUUAGGCUGCUCUGCUGCAAGUCGGUCGCCUCCACGUCCGAGACCGAAGGCGAAGAUAAUAAUAAUUGUGUCCAAGGACAUUUCACUUACGAUAAUAAUCUGCUGACCACUGUGCUAAACAAGGAACUGAGCAAUCAGCAGUUGAAUAUGGACAGCGACGUGGAGAUGAACAGUCUCGGCAAUAAUUCCUUCUCCGAGCAGGCUUGGGAUAAUUAUCAGGAGAAAUAUAUGAGCGAGACUUAUAGCGAAGCGCCGGAUGUGGAGACCGCCCGGCGAUUGUUGGAUUUUGGAGAUGAUUAUCGAAACUUCCUCGAUAGCCAGUCGGACUGCGCGUCCAGUAUAAGCGCGAUUCCUGCCAGUUCACCACUGCCUAAAAUUCGCACAUAUCAUGAAAUCGGCGACCACGACAGUGACGAGGAAGAUACGAGAAAGAAAGAUACGAGAAAUAUACGUAAUGUCGUAGAAAAUUCGCAAUCGCAGCUUAAACACGCCGAGGAUUGUUUUGUUGAAUCCAACGGCGUGAUUCCUGCAGAAUUCGCUGAAGUGGAGUCCGCGUGUAAAGAAAACUUAGGGUGUUUGCAGGCUGUGUUGGAAUCGCCGAACGGAUACUGUCGAAAUGAAAAAUAUUUGAAGCAAGUUCGCGGUAUAAUCGAGAGAUGGGAGACCUUGGCGUCGCGAGUCGAAAUGGCCAACGCUUUUCGCGAACUGACCGCCAUACGGACGGAGUUCCAAGCGACGAACGAUCGACUGAUCGAUUACAAGAUCAUUUGGGAGCAGCCGCACGAGCUCGACGGUCGUAUUAACGGAAUCACUGCCGAGCUGACUGUUCUGAAAGACCGCAAGGCGGCGAUGCUCGCGUUGGAAACCUCCGCGAAGCCACUGAUCGCCGAUCUCAGUGCCUCUGCGCCAUUGAUCUACACAGCCCUUAAGGACGGCUUGGAGGAUCUUCGUAAGAUAUGCGACGACACCUUCCAAAAAUAUAACCAGCGGCUGUGCUCUUUGCAAGCCGUACAGCAAUACAGCACACGCUGGGCGGAAUUCCAGUCCACUCUGCAGAGGGACAAAGACACAUUGGCGGUCCUAGACGCAGACCUGCAAGCGGGCGCCACCUCGGAGGUUGCCUCUUCCGUCCGUCACGUUGCCUGGCUUCUGUCCAAUAAACAAAACACCAAUUGUCAGAGCAACAUGAUGUUGAACGACGCGACGACCGAGGAGAUGCACUGCGGGUCUCUCUUGAAAUUUGCCGACGCGUCCACGAGUAAUCUUACGCAGGAGGGUGGGUCUCUCUCCGACAGCGGGAUCUCCGACAGCGGAAGCGAGCAGGAAUUGAGCGAACGGGAACGCAGGCUGGUCGCUCUUGAGCUACUGACGAAGAGCCUGCAGAAACAAUUGGCACCGGACAUCACCUGCACAGACCUGAUCGAGCUGAACGAGAGGAUCGAGGGUGCCAAGGGCGAGCUUCGCGAUCUGCAGAAGCAGUGUCAGGAGCUCGUCAUGCGUACGACCACAACGGCGAGCGUCGACGCGCGUGCCGCCAAGCGAACGGCCAGCCAAGUUCAUCACUUCGCUGAGUAUCGAGACGACGCGCUCUGCUGGACAGACAGGAAACCGUCCAUGGACGACGUCGGAAAUCCUACCUCCGUCAACGCACGAUUUGAGGAGAGACACUACGCUUUCGAAAGCAUCUUGGAGUUGCGCAAGGAGAAGAGCAGGGACGCGGCGAGGUCGCGACGGGGCAAGGAGAACUUCGAGUUCUACGAGCUCGCGAAGAUGCUCCCCCUGCCGGCGGCCAUCACCUCCCAGCUGGACAAGGCAUCCAUAAUAAGACUAACGAUUUCGUAUCUCAAGCUCCGCGACUUCUCCAGCCACGGCGACCCGCCGUGGUCCCGCGACGGUCCCCCGCCCAUCAAGUCCGUCAAAGGUGCGAACCGGGUCAGAUCGUCGACCAGCACAGCGAUAGAUCAUUUUGAAAUUCAUCAAGGUACCCACAUAUUACAGUCCCUGGACGGCUUCGCGAUGGCUGUCGCGGCUGAUGGCAGAUUCCUGUACAUAUCCGAGACCGUUUCCAUAUAUCUCGGCCUCUCACAGGUAGAAAUGACGGGGUCGAGCGUUUUCGAUUACGUCCAUCAGCAAGAUCACGCCGAGGUCGCGGAACAACUCGGCCUUGGGCUCGCGUCGUCGUCCAGCACGCCGGGCCCGCACUCGUCGAAUUCUGGCCUAGCCUCGCCGAGCAGCGCCGCGUCGGAAGAGCACGGCUCGUCCUCCACCGCGAAUCCCGACGUGUCCUCGGUAAUGUCGCUAUCGGCGACCGGACUUUACAAGGGAUACGACCGGGCGUUUUGCGUCAGGAUGAAAUCCACUCUGACGAAGAGGGGCUGUCACUUCAAGUCGUCCGGUUAUCGGGUCGUGCUGCUGCUGUGUCGUUUGAGGCCGCAGCUCAUAUUUAGCCAUACGAGGAAGACCGCGCCACCUCUGAUGGGUAUGAUCGGUCUGGCCAUCGCGCUCCCGCCGCCGAGCGUGCACGAGAUCCGUCUCGAGACCGACAUGUUCGUCACACGAAUCAGUUUCGACUUUCGGAUAGCACAUUGCGAACCAAAGGUUUCCGAAUUACUGGACUACACGGCCGACGAAUUAACGGGGAAGAAUCUCUACACGCUGUGUCACGGCGAGGAUGCGAACCGUCUACGGAAGUCCCACAUAGAUCUGAUCCACAAAGGGCAGGUAUUGACACAUUACUAUCGACUGAUGAACAAGAGCGGCGGGUACACGUGGCUGCAGACGUGCGCCACCGUCGUGUGCAAUUCGAAAAAUGCCGAGGAGCAAAAUAUCAUUUGCGUCAAUUACGUCAUAAGCGGCCGAGAGUACGAAAACUUAAUAAUGGACUGCUGCCAGCUGGAGGACGGCGUCACCGGCGUGAAGAGGGAGGACACGGCCGGGAACGAUCCGGAGAACGGGUCGCCGGACGCCGACCGAGGAGAGGGUCGUAGUCGAGGCGGCCCUGCGAAUCAGCACCAGGAACAGUCCCACCGGUCGCCGGCGGAGGAGCGGGAGGAGAGUCACGGCUCGGAGAGCGAGAAGCAGCGGGGCAGCAGGCACCACGACAACAUGGCGCAGCUGCAACAGGACUCGCAGACGGCGGUCGGGAACAUCGGCACGCUCGUGGUGAGGCUGCGCGCGAGCGGGCACAAGCGGAAGAUACCCGCGGACGACGAGAGCAGCUCGAACGAGGAGGACGACGAGGAGGACGGGGCGAGCACGGCGAAGGAAUCCGGGAGCAACGAGAGGAGCCGCGCGCUCAGCCCCGCCGCCUCCACCCACUCGAUCUCGACGACCGAGCAAACCCUCUGCUCGACGACGAGCCCCAAGUCCCGUCGCACCGGCGAGCCCGUCUCCACGAGACUCGACAGCAGCAACAGCAACACCGAGAGCACCGGCACCUCGGUGAAGGAUCUCGAGCAGGCGAUGUCGAAGCAUCUGCCGGUGAGCUCGCUGACGAAAUCGAACUCACCGGCGACCCUCCACCAGCCGACCGACUUCAGCACGGACGCCCUGCUGAAGCAGCAGCAACAACGGAGCACGAUACAGUGGAUAGGUGCCCACCAUCACCACCACCUGGGCCACCUGAGCCCGCAACAGUCGACCGCCGCUCCUUUACCCGCCUCCGCCCUCCUCCGGCAGCUCUACGCGAACCGGGAGAGCGUGAUACGCGCGAACGUCCACGGGAUCACGUCGAGCGGCGGCGGUGCGCGCGCCCCCUCGUCCGCCGGCAUCUACUACCCGGGCGAGACCGCGCCGAACGCCGGCCCGCUGCCGACCCCGCCGGGCUCCGAGGGCUCCAGCACGUACGGCGAGCACCAGUUCGUGCUGGCCGCCGCUCACAAUCAGAAGCCCACCGCCGGCAACUGCGCCGCCGACGCCUUCACCAGCCUGGUCUCCUCGUACACGACCGCCACCGGCGGUUACUCCGUGGACUACCACUCCGCGAUGACGCCGCCCUCGUCGGUCUCGCCCCGGGACAAGCAGCAGCAGCAACAGCAGCAGCAGCAGCAACAGCAGCAGCAGCUUCAUCCCGUGAUAAGUAGCUACGAGAGCUCGUCGGCGUACGCGGAACCGGCGGUGCUGCGUCACCAGUACGAGCCGGCCCAGCCGUUACCGUUGAAGCCCCAGGUGUACUCGGCCACUGUUCAUCCGAGUGCCUUAGACGCCGCGGCGGCGUACGCAUCGGCCGGCCUCACCGCCGAACAGCCGCAAUUCUACCAUCAUCCGGCCGGCACCGCCGGCUUCCACAUCUACCAUCCGACUAACAAGUCGACGGCGAACGGCUGGUACACCUCGGCUUCCUAGUGGCACCACCACUACCAGCAGUAGGGCCAGCCCUUUCAGAGAACGGCCACCGUGUGUGUGGACGCGUGCGACGGGGAACGCGUGUACUUAAAGCAACUGUAAUUAAAAGAGACCCC